AUGGGAGAUUUGAUGGAAACGAGAAACAAAGGCAGGAUAGGGGUGGUCUUCAAAUUCGAGGGCAUAGAAACAGAAGAAUUCAAGCCUCCUUUAACUGGCUUCUAUCAAAUGGUGCUUUCAUUUCCGUUCAUCAUGCCUCCCCGUCAAGAUCUGUUCACUGAUAUCACACACCUAAGUAUCUGCGAGCAACUCUCCACGCUCAUCGUCAUUUCCACCGCUAAUAUCCACCGUCUUGAUGCAAUUAUCAUGCAAAUUGCCACUAUCAACACCGUCAUCGACCUUCAAAUUGGAACGAUCGCUAAACUGAUCCCGCCUCCACCACUGAAUUAG